AUGUAUGCCUUUGUUACGGAGUGUUUGCGGGAGGACAGUGAUCUGAAGUUUUUCCUGACCACGGCGUCACGUGACGUAAUCUCAGAAUAUUGCAGGUCAUGGGAGUAUAAGAGGAGUGAGGGAGAGAGAUGUCUGUAUGUACCGAAUAGACCAGAGAAGAUGUACGACCUCCUCAUAGACAAACUACAGCUGGACAUCAUCUCACACUGUACCAUGUCUGAAAGGAGGAUUCAUAACAGGAUCAGUCAACGUUUGGGGGUCCCUAUAGAAGUACUAAAGUGGGACCAGGAGGCCAGAGAGCGGUAUGUGGAGUACGCUAAGAGAGGAACACAGACAGUCCACCACGCCCGGGGAAUGAUUGUAGGAUGUGCUGGAGCGGGGAAAACCACGCUACUUAAACGUCUGCUUGGUUGUAGUGAAGAAGAGAUUAAGGAAGUAAAAUCUACUGAGGGAUUGGAGGUGCAUGAGGAAAUAUUUGACAUAUGUGAUGAAACAAGAUCAUUAAAAGCAAGACAAAUAAACAAAGAUGAUAAAGAAGAAAACAAUUCUGCAACAAAUAUUGGCGCAAAGACUCUGACGUUCUUCGACUUUGGAGGACAGUGUGCAUACUACGCCUGUCACCAGAUUUACCUGACCAGGAGAGCUUUCUAUGUUGUGGUGGUGGACGCCUCUAAACGUCUUGACCAGAAGUUGGAUAAGGAAGUGUGUGAUCAAGAUGGUAGCGUGUUCUCUGGAUGGACGUAUGGAGACUACUUUGAGUUCUGGAUGAAGUCAAUACACACCUACUGCAGUUAUGAGAAUGAUAAAGAGCUGAAGCCUGUCGCUCUAAUUGUGGCGACUCAUUGGGAAGAAAAUAACCGACAAUAUAAAGAUAAACACACCCUUUUGGAUAGUCUGAAUCAACAGAUCCCAAAGCAUUCGAAGUUAUCACAGUACAUUGUAGAAAAUAACUGUUAUUGUAUACAGUUUCCUGCCGAAGCACUUCACAGUCUGUCAAAGCACAUGUUUAACAUUGCAAAUCAUCAGCGAUGGAAAGAAACGAUUCCAAAAGAAUGGGCCUUCCUCGAAAUAGAAAUUAAAUUACGAAAACAUUCAGAGAGGAUUAUAAAAAUUGAGAAUCUUACCAUGAAGGUGACAGACAGCAUUAAACAGGAGGAUCCAGAAGAGAAAUUGACAACUAAGAGUGAUAUGCUACGAUACUACCAUGACGCAGGAAAGGUUCUUUAUUUUAAUGAAGAGGGACUUAAGGAAUUUAUCAUCAUUGACGUUCAGUGGUUUAUUGACGCUUUUAAACACAUAAUCACUGACAAACUUCAUUUUAAAGGAAUUCCUGUGGCCUCUGAGGAUUGGGAAGAAUUCUACAGUACAGGGAAUUUGGAGGACCACCUUCUGACAGAAAUUUGGAGAAAUGACGAUAACCCUUUAUCUGAAAAAUUACCAGAAGAUGAUGAAUGGAUCUUGUCUAAGACAAGGGAUUCUGAUCCCCGAUAUCUACUCUAUCAUAAGAAACAACUACUUAAUUUUAUGCAAAGACUAGGCUUGAUGGCAGUUGGCAACAAGUCUCACUAUGUUCCGUGCAUGAACAGGAAAGAAAUAGAGAAUGCUAUUCCUGAUCUCAUUCAGAGAGGACGAGUAAACAUCUGUUCUUAUCUACAGAUUCAGCUUCUUGCCAUUUUUCCUCUUCUUCCGCCUCGUUGUGUUUUGCAUGCAGUUAAAGGGCUGGAAAGUGUUGAAAACUGA